AGAAGAAAUUUGAGUAAUGUAUAUUUUUGGAGAACCAAAUUAAGUGUCUUGUUUCUUUAAUGUAGGAAUUUAUAUAGAUUUUAGCCAGUAUCUGUUUUUCAUUUCUUUUGGCAGGGGAGGUAGUUGUUGAUUGAAUUGAUAUUUUACCUAUUGGAUGAGUGAUUAAUGUUAAAAUCAUGUUUGUUGAAAUGUGUUGGAAUUCUUAAAUUAGAGUAAUGAUGCUUUUGAAUUCAUGAGAAAAUGAUUGAUGACUUGGAAAUAUUUUAGUCCAUAAUUGAUACUGUAAAAUCCUUCAUUGUAUUAUGACAGCUAUGUCUAGGAAAGAAGAUAAGGGCAAGAAGGUUGCUUCAUCAGAGCCUAUUAAAAAAAAAUCAAAGUAUACAAUUGCAGAGGAAGUGGAGCCAAUUUGGGCAAGAAGGUCACAGGGCAUGGUUAUUCGUGAGCCUAGUAGUGAUGGUCGACCUCCACACAGAUCUCCUUCGCCGACAUAUCCACACACUGCUCAUUCCACGGCAUGUCCACCUGCCCAUCGUGAUACUACUCCAUCUCCUACUAUACCUGGAGUUUCUCCUAGUAUACCUGGAGUUUCUUUCACUCGAGUUACUAUGUCUGGUGUUAAUCCUCCACUCUAUACACACUCACCAAGACAUACUACCACUCCAAUCUCUGCAAGGUCUCCUGCUCCAUCUCCUAGUAUACAUGGAGUUACCAUGUCAGGUGUUAAUCCUCCACUCUACACGCACUCACUAAGACAUACUACCACCCCCAUCUCUGCAAGGCCUCCUACUCCAUCUCCUAGUAUAAAUGGAGUUUCAUUCCCUAGAGGCACUGUGUCUAGUGUUACUCCUCCACUACAUACACACUCACCAGGAUAUAAUAAUACUCAUUUCUCUGCAAGACCUCCUACAUUAUCAUCAAAUCUUUUACCAGAUGUCCGUUUUUUAGAAUUGCUUGGUAUUAAUGGAGGAUUUAUGCCAGUACCCGAGGUGCAACAAGAACAAGAACAAGAGCAAGAGCAAGAGCAACAACAAGAGCAACAACAACACUGUGAGCAAGAACAUCAAAGCCAACAACAAGAAAGGGAAGCAGCACAACAAAGACGAGUGAGACGUCGCUACUAUGAAGUGGUACCAAAGUACAAAACUCGUUAUAUACUUGAAAUUAAGGGUGACUCGUUGGAGCCAUCAAAAAUCUCUGCAAAAUACAUAAGGGAGGCAAUCCAAGCAGUGUAUAAAAAGCUGUGGCCCAUGUAUAAGGAUGUUAAGAAAGAAAUUGGGGAUAAAGUUUUUAAAGAGUUUAAGAUAAAAAGAAAUAAUUAAAUCUUUUAUU